CCCCUCUCCCUCUCCCUGCUCCUUGCCUGCGUGCUGAAGUGGAGAUCGCCAGUGCGCACCGCGGCAGCGCUACACCGCCUCACUUUACGGACUUUCGCAACGCCAAGGAGCGUCUGCAGGCGCCCCGGAUAUACAGGAGGGGAAAGAAGUGGACAGCGCCUGUCCGAGUGGACCUUUGAGAGGCGGAGGGGACGGCCGGAAGGGCGGACGGAGCGGAGCGCAGCGCAGAGCAGCGCAGCGCACCAUGGCCUCAAAGGAGAACUCAUCGCCCGGGUUUGUCAACGUGAGCAGGGAAAUCACAGAGAGCAUCAGGAAGGUGCUGGACAAACAGCCCAUUAAGUUUGUGCGAGCCAUCAAGCAAGAGACGAGGAGCGGAAAAUCAGAGGACAGAAUCCUGGUCCUGGCAACAUGGAGACUGUAUCUCUUCGCUGUCAAAGUGCCCACCAAGGUGGAGGUCACUUUCAACUUUCUGGAAAUCAGAGCAAUGAACACCUACCCAGACUUCCAGGUGGUCAUCGAUACAGACAAGACCACCUACUCUCUGAGGCUUCAGACCCAGGACCAGCUGGAUCACAUGGUCAACCACAUCAACUACGCCCUCUCCCGGGUCUUCAACAACUCCAUUUAUGCUCCUCCUAUUUGCCGAGCAGAAGGAGACCUGCCUGAUGGUAGCCACAAGUUUUCACCCAACUCUGAAUCCUCUUUAGAGCCUCCUAAAACCUGUGGUGGUUUUUCUGAGACGUAUGCUGCCCUUUGCGACUACAAUGGAAUCGGCUGCAAAGAAGAAGUGCAGUGGGAUGUUGACACUAUCUAUCACUCUCAGGACAACCGGGAGUUCAACCUACUGGACUUCAGCCAUCUUGACAGCAGGGACUUGGCAGUGAUUGUGGCAUCCAUUGCCUACAACACCUGGUUCACCAAGCUGUACUGCAAAGACAUGCGCAUAGGGUCAGAGGUGGUGGACCAGAUUCUGCACACAGUCAGCAAGUCCAACAGCCUGGAGGAGCUCACACUGGAGAAUGCUGGACUUAAAGCGGAUUUUCCACAGAAGAUGGCGUCAGCUUUAUCAGAGAACCCAGCCUCCGUGAUUCACUCCCUCAAUCUGGCUCAUAACACACUUGAUAACCAAGGAGUCUCCAACCUCAUUCAACAAGUCUGCCGGCUCAACAAAGGCCUACGCCUCCUCAAUCUCUCCAAGACUUCUCUCUCCUCCAAGGGUGUCGUCUCAUUGUCCCAAGCUCUGUGUUCAAGUGAUGACUACUCCAACUCUCUGCUCCACCUGGACCUCAGCAAGAACCCCGGGGUUCUGUCUGGAGAGGACGCCACUAAUCUGUAUCUGUUCUUGGCCCAGCCCAAUUGCCUGGUCCAUUUGGAUCUGUCUGGGACAGACUGCACCGUGGACUUGUUAUUCGGGGCCUUGCUGCGAGGCUGCUGCGCUGACCUCUCCUACCUGAAUCUGUCAAAGAACUCCUUCUCUCACAGGAGGGGGAGAGACUCUCUGCCUACUUUCCGCCAGUUCUUCAGCUCAGCCUUCAGCCUGACCCAAGUCAGCCUGGCCUCCAUGAAGGUCCCCCCGGAUUCACUGAGAGCUCUCUUUCUGGGUUUGUCCAACAACCCUCAUAUCUCCGACUUGCACCUGGACAUCAGCAGCUGCGAGCUGAGGUCAGCCGGGGCCGCCGUGAUUCAGGAGCUGUUUCCGCGUGUUUCAUGCGUGGGGACUUUAGACGUCUCCGAUAAUGGUUUGGAUGCCGACUUGUUGGCAGUGAUCCCGGCGUUCUCCCGACACCCCUCCCUCAGACACCUGAUGUUGGGGAAGAACUUCAACAUCAAGGGCAGGGUGCUGGAGGAAAUUCUGCAGAAACUAGUUCAUUUGGUGCAAGAAGAAGAGUGUGCCCUGCAGUCCCUCUCCCUCGCUGACUCGAGGCUCCGCCAUCGGGGAACAGUUCUGGUCAACGCCCUUGGCUCCAACGCCUGCCUCCGGAAGGUUGACCUGAGCGGCAACCUCCUGGAGGACUCCGGGGCCAAGAUGCUGAGCAAGGCUCUGCAGAUCAAUACAACACUCAGGAGUGUGACGUGGGAUCGCAACAACACCACAGGAGUGGGCUUCCAAGAUGUGGCGAGGGCGCUGGAGCACAACUUCACGUUGCAGUACAUGCCCCUCCCCCUUUGUGACAUCGCUCAGGCGUACCGCGGUGCCCCAGAAAAGACAGAACAAGCCUUGGCUAAGAUCCAGCGUGCACUGCUCAGAAACAACCAGACGCAGCGGUUCUCUCAGAAGCAGGCACUCAGGCUGCACCAGGGUCUCGUCACCAGCACUGCUGAACAGGUGAUGGAGCGUCUGUGUGUGAGGGUACAGCAGCAGCUUUGUGUCCUGAAGGGCUCUGAGGACGGAGACGAGGUCCAGACAGCGCGACAAAUCCUUAAAGAAGCCAGAAACUCAAGAGCUCUGUACCCCUCCCUGUGCGAACUGGCCCAUGUCCUGUCAGUCGACGGCCCCGUCAAACAGCGCCUGGACACGCUGGCUGGAGAGCUGGCCAAGGCGGCAGACAAAGAGCUACAGGUGGUGGUGGACUCCAUGGUGUCUCUCUGUCGAGAGUUGUGUCCCAUGUCCUGCUCGGCUGCAGAGAGACUCAGUCCGCCUCUCUCCUCCAUCUCUGAGCAAGUCUCCAUCCCUCGCUCAGCCAUCCGUAGCGCUUUGAUGGAGAGAGCAGCUGAAGAUAUCAAUCGAGCCCUGGAGGAGGUGAAGCUCUCUGUGGUCUCCUAUUUGACAAACUCCAUUGUGGAUCAGAUCCUACAAGAGCUCUACACCACUCAUAAAACACUGGUACUGCUGCGACAGGUCUCUCAGGCGAAGCGCUGGGAUGAUGUCGGGACGGGCAGACGAUCUGUCAGACAUUCAAGAAUUGUCGAAUCUCUGGAAUUCCCAGAUGAGGAAUUUGGCGUGAACCUCGGAAUAGAUACCAUGGCUAUCAAAAAGCGGAGCUCCAGAACUAGAAGAAUCCGUCCCGUCUCCACCAGAAUGAGUUUAGGUGAUGAGCCCAGUCCCUCUCCCACUCCUGCUCCUUCCCACUCGGCUUCUCUCACUCACUCUGCAUCUUGGGAAUGCCUUUCCACUCUCCCCACCAACGGCUCACCUUUACGUCACGUUACCCACGUCAGGCCACGCCCACCGCGGCGACACAGAGCCGGGUACAUUCCUCCUGAAUCACAUUGCUCUGAGAACGGAGGAGUCAGUAUGCUGGAGGACGGACUCCCGGAUUUCUACAGCAAGAGAGUUCUCCCUGACAGUCAGCUGUCAUCCCUCCAUCAGGCCCAGUCACUCAGGAGGAAGAAGAGGCGCAGCGUGCUGUCGAUUUUUUCCGGCUUCCGCAAGAACCGUAACUCCACCUUCUCCAAUCAGGACGCUGAAGGGGCCUCAGAGAAUGUUUACUCCAUGAUUCAGCACCCUAAAGAUACAGGGAGGCCAGAGAGUGCUGUCCCUGGAGCAAACGGCACUAUGUCUUCACCUCGGCCAGCUCAGGGCGUACCUCUUCAUGGGAUGAGGGCUGCCAGCCCACCCUGUCCCAUCCAAAGACAGUCCACAGAUCUGGUCAGCAUGGUGUACAGCUGUAUUGGGGCAGAAAUCGAGGACUCUGACAGCAGCAGCACCUGCGACAUCAAAGAGUUCCAGCACAGCGCCGAUGGAUCAAACAUCAUCUCAGACACCCCGGCAGAUAGUCAAAGUAACGGGCAUGUGGAGCCCUCCAAACAACAGACGGACAGGCAGAUGGAGACGGGCAGGCAGGAGAGAAUUGUCCCACUGCAUGAGUCGCGGACCGAGGCGGGAGAGGACAUCCAGAGCAGCGACGUUGGCAGCGUGGCCCCCUGUGGGUCAAGGCCAGAGCCUCCUCUGCAGAACACAAAACCCAGCCUGGCUGUGAUGAGGCAGAGACACCUGCAGGACAGUUUAGAAGAGACGGUAAGGCCAGAGGGAGAAGAACACAGCGAAAGACUGCAGGAGGAGAAGCAGAGAGGGCGAGGACCGGGUGGACAGCGUCCUCUCAUUCCCAAAAAGCCCAGCAUAGAGCUCCAGAGAGACAAGACCUCUCCGGAAAAGAGCAAGACGUCACCAAAAACGUCUGCCAGUCCUGAAAAAGAACAAAACAAUGAUCAGAAAAGUUUGCCUCCUGCUCAGUCAAUCUCUGAAGACAAAGUGACCAGCGAGGCGAGGAGCCCUACACCAUGUACUAAGCUUGGCUUAGAGGAAGCCGACGCCAACAUCAUCAGCCACGGUGAGGGAGCAAAUCAGAACGGAUUCCCAAAAACAUCCCAUCACACCAGGAAGUCCAACUCAUUUGACAUAGGCAUGGAAAGGGACAUUCCCUAUGAUCUGGAGAGGUUCUCAGAUCGCAGAUUCCCUAUGAAAAAGCCUUCCUUUCCCCAGUACAGAAACAGAUCUCUGGACUACUCUGCUGGGACUGGGUCAGGUUCCGAAGGUGUUAAUAGUGACGCAUUAUGACAUUACCUGAGGACUGAGAAGACACGGCUGGGAAGAAGAGACUGGAACACGGAGAACUGGAGUGAGACGAGCUUUUAAAACCACAUGGACACAUGAAAAAGGGAUUCAUCAGGAGAUUCUUCUUCAUUUCAUUAAUUUCAUGCUAAAAGUGCAUGUACUCUAUACCUUCUUUUUAACUGCUUGCACUUGCUAUGGUUUCUCAUGCAUAGUUGGGGAGUUUCUUUAAAACACAAGCAGUUGUUCUGUUCACCGGUUUGUUCAAGGGAGUUUUAAGCAUUUGUGCAAAUUAUUUAAUGUUGAAAGAUGUCUCUUCAUCCUUUCCCCACCUUUAACUGACAAUCUGUGAUUACUUAAAGUGAGUUUGUACUGUAUUUAUUUUAAUGAGAUGUAGAUAAAAUGCACUAAACCAUUGUGGUAACGCUGUUAGGUAACAAUCAGAAUUUAAUUUAUGAUAAUAGAAGAUUUGCUAACUGUGUUUGUGAGUAUGCUUUUUUUGCUGUAUGCUGAUGUUGAUUGGGAAACUUCUUACCAUGAACUUAGCUCUCCCAUCUCUUCAAGAGUAUUUAAAUCAGUCAGCGGGAGGUUUUAAUCUGAUUUUAAUGGCCUGGAAAUGAUUAUAUUUUCUAAAAAUGCUUCUAUGAAUCAGAAUAAAUAAAAUUGAAUUAAUAGAAGGAA